GUUUCUCUGGCUCUGCUAGUGAUGGCUAAAGGCGAUGAUGCGAUCAGGAAAAAGAAGAACAAAAAGAAUCGAAAGAAAGAUGCUUCCUCCAAGGUCUCCAAUCGUGUCGCUGCCAUAAUCGCCUCCAAGAAGCGGCGACUCUCUGGCAAACGUCGAAUGUGUCAGGGAAUGUGUUUCAGCCUUCCCACUCCCGAGGAUCCCUUCAAUGACCGACAUCAGAAAGUGGAUUUUGGCAAAAAAGAAAUCAAGAAACCUAGGCCUUUAAAAGCAGAUCACAGGUUUAAUACUGGCAAAGAGAGUGUUGCAUCAAGAAAAGGAGCUCUGGAUAUGAAUCACAUGAAGGUAGAUAACCAAGAACAUAACAUGGUGAAAGUUAAUAAAUUGGCGAAUGAGCAAAAGAUGUUAUGUAGACAUGUUAAAAAAGCGGGGCAAAAAUAUGGUGUUAAGCUAGGAGAAGCAGAGAUCCAGCUAACUGAUGAGAGGGUAGCCAUCCAUGCCCAACAAGGGCAUGCUGAUGAAAACACAGGUUUUCCAUCAAAGUUUUUAAUUUUGUGCUUAAAUACAAUUGAGAUUGCUUUGCGGCAAGAGGGAGCCUUCAGCAGUGAAGAGGACAAGCCUUUAUUCGUUGACCCAUGGGGAGUAAAGUUUUGGAAAUGCUAUUCUAUUGGGAAAUAUAUAGCAGAGACAAGUGGAGCUUCUACAACAGAGCAAAUUGGUUGGAUGGCUUCAACUGCUGCUGAUACCAUAGCAAGAAAGGAGAAAGAAGGUCAAUCAUUCACUAGUCCCUUUCUUUUAUUCCUCGUGCCAUCCCAAGAGAAAGCUACCAAGGUACGCAUAGUGUGUAAGCCAUUGAAGGCUUUGGGAAUACAUACAGUCAGUCUGCAUCCCGGUGCCCCUACAGAUCAUCAAAUUCAUGGUCUAAAAAGUUGUGAGCCUGAGUUCCUUGUGUCCACACCUGAGAGACUUCUGGAGCUUGUUUCCUUGAAGGCUGUUGACAUCUCUGGAGUUUCCUUUCUGGUUAUUGAUGGACUUGAAACUCUUCUUAAAGGUGGUUACCUUGAUGUGGUUCAGUCGAUUAGGCAAUCUAUCUCUGGAGAUCCUUACACUGUGGUUUUCGGCGAUUGCUCGAGUUAUGAAUCCAUUCCAGUUGUGCAAAACCUUCUGCAAGGAUCAUUCUGCAGAUUAUCGUUUAAUGACACUAUUACCAGUCAAAUUCAGAGUGCUUGCAUCAUCCAGUCCGUACAUGUCUGUGGCUCAGAAGAAGAAAGGCUAUCAAAGCUGAAUGGAACCUGCAAUCUCCAGGAAUGAUACUGGGCACAUAAUUACUACUGCAGAUUUAAGUGAAUUUGAAGUUCUAAUCGGCAAUAAUUUUGUAUUCUCAACUGAAAUUUACGUCGAGAUCCUUACAUGAAUGCCUCGCUGCAUUGUCACCGGCAUGUUGCAUAGCUUUGUAACCGACAAAGAUGCACUGCUUGCAGGACCAUUGAUAUAUAUCCUUGAAAAGUUUGGGCAGGCAAUACAGAAGCCCCAGGACCUUUGUUUUACUCUUCCUCAUCUUGGAACACUGAAGUUUGGAUUUGGUUUUACAAGUCUUGCCAAUUAUUCUUUUCAUCUUACUUCAUUCUUCACCGAGGACGUAGUAGUCAAAAAUAUUUAAGUGUAUAUCGUUUGUACUGCGAUGCUUUUGAAAUUGUUGUGCUCGGAGGGUUAAAAUGUGAGAUUCUCAUAGGUGAAGAAGUUCCUGUGGAGAUGGGUAAGAACUCAGGUUCAAUGAGACAUGAGAUGAGAAAUGGGGAAAUGGAAAUCCUACAUCAUUACACAUUGGACUUGGAAGUAAAUGUGAGUUCUUUUUGAGGAGCUUUUGGGGCAAAUAAAGUAAAGUGUAUUAACUUUCCUAUCACUUCUCUCAAAUAGAAUUUUUGAUAAGAACAGCUAUUCAAUUGUGUUUAAUCUUAGCUAAAUCUGUUACUUUGUCAGAUUAGAUAUUUCUAAGUUAUAUGUUUUUU